AUGAAGAACGAGGCGUGCUCCUUGGCCUUUCUCAGGGCUGUCGCUGCAGAAUUCUUGGCCACCAUGAUCUUCGUCCUGCUAGGGGUGGGCUCUGCCUUAAACUGGCCCUCCGCACUGCCAAGCAUCCUGCAAGUCUCGCUGGCAUUUGGCUUGGCUAUAGCCACUCUUGUUCAGUCGGUGGGCCAUGUCAGCGGGGCCCACAUCAACCCAGCAGUGAGCGUGGCCCUCCUCGUCGCACAGAAGAUUUCAGGGCUCCGAGCCAUGGCCUACAUCGUGGCUCAGCUGAUGGGAGCAAUGGCGGGCGCGGGGGUGAUAUACCAGAUUACCCCUCCGGCGAUCCGAGGAGGCCUGGCUGUCAAUGGGCUGCAACACGACACCCCAGCAGGGGUGGCGGUGGCGGUGGAGCUGAUUCUGACCUUCCUGCUGGUCCUCUGUGUCUUUGCCUCGACUGACAGCCGCAGAACUGAUAACGUGGGCUCCCCGGCAUUAUCUAUUGGACUGUCAGUCACUGCUGGCCAUUUCCUAGGGAUCUAUUUCACUGGCUGCUCCAUGAACCCUGCGCGGUCUUUUGGCCCCGCCGUCAUAAUGGGAAACUAUAAGGAUCAUUGGGUCUUUUGGGUGGGACCUUUGUCAGGUGGCAUCCUAGCCUCCCUCAUCUACAACUUCCUCCUCGCUCCUGAUACAAGAAGCCUCUCCGAGAGGAUUGAUGUUCUGAAAGGGACCUACCAAGCUGACGACUGGGUGGAACAGAAUGAUCAGAAGUACUCACAGGAACUGGUGGAGAAGUUCUAAUGUAGACAAAUACAUAUAGGAGUAGGCAAAGAUGCAGAGCAUGGCCCCCCAGAGUGAUAACAAGGACAAGACAAAAACCACACUCAUAUCAUCCCAUAUGGACAGGCUUAUCAGCCCCCAGUCCCCUCCCUCAUGUGCCCCACUAUCUCAUAAGGUGUUACGUCAGUAUCGAAACAUGAAAUCAACCAAGCUGAUGGGAAUCCCAAGGGAAGCGGAGGGUGCAACCUAUGGUUCAUGUAUGCUGGGGUGCCCACUCCUGGUAUAGGUUGUUGCUAAGUAUCUCAGAUGUAGUAGAUGAUCUGCUAGCAGAGAUUGGUGAUGGAUAGUCAAUAUGUAAGGACCUCAC